AACCCCUUCUUGUAUAUUCGCUACCACACUACCUUGUCAUUACUUGCCAGUAAAUAUUUGUGGGUCUCCUUCUGUAAUUUAAUCAUUUUUAUGUUGUUCCUUUAAGCUAUACCCAUGUUCUACUUCACUGAAUUACUCAAAUCUUUCUUUUUUUCUUUUCACUGUUUCUUCUCACUUGGAAUGGUUGGGGGAGAGAUGAAAAUUCUUGAGGUUUGAUCUCAAUGUUACUUUAUGAGAGAGAUGAGGAUGCAACAACUGAUUCGUCUGUUGAUGAAAUUCUUUUUGUUGAUCAGUGCUCUUUCACUUCAUGGAUGUGCAGGCUUUUAUAUACCUUCUCUCACGGCAGCUUCUGGGCUUCUUCAUUUUAAAGUAGGAGCAACCAACCCAAGGUCUUACACAACCAUCAGACCAAGUCCAACACUCCUGCAGAAUGCCACCACUCAUGACAAUGCGAUGGUUCCCUCCAACAAUGCACAUGCACCCUCCAUGCCUUCUGUCAAACAGCCUGCCAAGAAACGGAUACGUGAUUCUGCAUCUUCACCUUCAGUCUCAUUCUACAAACAUCAUCAUCAUGGAAGGCACAAAUUCAGCCACUUUGCCUCUGCUCCUGUGCCAUCUAAUCAGAUUCCUACUACCCCACAUAGCCAGCAAGGCCAUUCAAUCUCCUCAUUUCAUUCUUCCUUCCCUUCGUCAAAGAAAUGGGGUUCGCCCGCUGCUGCACCAUCACCUAUAAUUCCAUCAAGCCAAUCUGAAAUGCCUACACAUCCACCAACGAUUUCUCCAUUGAGCUAUGUGCUGAAAAGGAAUAAGACUCCACCACCCUCUCCAGUUUUGGCACUGCCUCCACCUCCUCCUAAUGAAGAUUGUACAUCGGUCGCGUGCACAGAACCAUUGACAUAUACACCUCCUGGAUCACCAUGUGGUUGUGUUUGGCCUAUUGAAGUUAGACUGCGCCUUAGUGUUGCCCUAUAUACCUUUUUCCCUUUGGUCUCAGAGCUGGCCAAGGAAAUUGCGGCCAGUGUUUCACUAAACCGAAGUCAAGUUCGCAUUAUGGGAGCAAAUGCAGCCAGUCAGCAGCUAGAGAAAACCAUUAUCAUCAUUAACUUGGUUCCAUUAAAAGAAAAGUUCAAUGCCACGACUGCAUUUUUCAUCUACCAGAAGUUCUGGAAGAGACAUGUUUUCAUAGAGACUUCCCUCUUUGGUGCCUAUGAAGUGGUGUAUGUUCACUAUCCAGGUCUCCCACCCUCUCCACCUUCGAAGCCUUCAAGCGCUGCAACUAUAGAUGACCAGCCAUAUCCCCACCAUCCUAAUGAUGGAAUGACAGUAAAACCAUUAGGGGUUGAUGUGCCAAGGAGAAGAAAGGAUGGGAUUGGAGGAGGCAUGAUUGCUGUGAUUGUUCUAUCAUCUAUCACAGCUUUUGUUGUAUGCAUGGGAGUUAUUUGGCUUUUGUUAUCAAAAUGUGGGGUCUGCCUUCAUCAACCUGGACACACUCCACAUGUUCUGGUUGCUUCCCAUGGAAAACCAUCAGGGGCAGCAGGUGCUUUGAUGCUAGGAUGUCAGGCUAGUUCAGCAUCUAUGUCCUUUGGUUCUAGCCUAAUGGCGUACACUGGAACUGCUAAGAUUUUCAGUUUGACUGACAUAGAAAGAGCCACUGAUUACUUUAAUGCAUCAAGAAUACUUGGAGAAGGUGGUUUUGGACUUGUAUAUAGUGGCAUUCUUGAUGAUGGAAGAAAGGUGGCUUUCAAGGUUCUUAAAAGAGAUGAUCAUCAUGGUAGUCGUGAAUUCUUGGCAGAAGUCGAGAUGCUUAGUCGCCUGCACCACAGAAAUUUAGUCAAGUUGAUUGGUAUCUGCACAGAGGACCAUUGCCGUUGCCUGGUCUAUGAACUUGUGCCCAAUGGAAGUGUGGAAUCCCAUUUACAUGGUAGAUUCAAGUCUAAUGAAAGUUGUGCUCUUUAA